ACUGUUAUAUUGACUCACAUAUAUAUAAAAAGCCUACAUUUUAGUUAUUUUGACUAGAAAUAUUGUACAUAAAUUCUCACUACUCCUCUCCACCUCCAACCCAAAUGUUAAAGCAGUAUUUCACUACAUGCACCAACGCCCGGCGAAUCACAAAGUUCCCCUAAGGUGGGAAAAAGUAAAACCUGUGCUUAAAUCUUUGUGUCAAGAAGCGUCUCCGCCAACCUUCAGUGAGGUGAAAUUCUUCUUCGAAAAUUUCCAAAUCUUCUUGUUGUGUUGCAGAGAAUUGAAUGGAAUAAUGUUCUUCAGUACUAAAAUUGUUUACUAAUUGUUGAAAGUGGCCUUAUAGCCUUAUGCAACUCCAUGACCCAACCAAAACCAAGAAACGGCCAAAAAAAAAAAAAAAAAGCAUUGCACCGUUUCAUAUCUCGAUUACCGCCUCCAUCCAUGGAUCCACCGCUCACCUCCCCCAGCGCUAAGCUGCGCUUCAUGCGCAGCUACGCCAGCCACAUAAUUCCACGACCACAUUCCAAGUUCCUCUGCUACGUAGGAGGCGAAACCCACAUUGUUUCCUUUCCGUCCUUCAUUGCUAUGCCCGUCUCCUCCCUCACUGCUCAUCUUACCUCCACCUUUCACAUCAACAUGCCGUUUAUGGUUAAGUAUCAACUUCCUCAUCACGACCUUGAUGCCCUUAUCUCUAUCGCUAACGAGGAUGAUCUCCAAAUCAUGCUAGAGGAACUUGAACGCCUUUCCGCCUUGCCUGAUCCUUCUCGCAUUCGAUUGUUCCUCUUCUCUGUCAAGCCCUGUCUGCUGGUUUGCAUUGAGUCCAAACUGUUAGAGUCAGAGCAACCAGUCAUGCAUCAGCGAGGGAAAUGGAGGCAUUCUUGGCUUGGGGCUGCCCAGUGCUGAGUUGACUUGGACUGAGUUGAGUUAGGUCUGGUCGAGCAGGAGCGAGUUGAAUCACCGCAUCAACCUCGCAGUUAUGCCAGGGGACCGUCGUUGCUUGUCGCCAUCAUCGACUCCGUCCAGACUAUUCUCUCGAUUGGCCCAUAAAAUCACAGCAUUCGU